GACUCGAGUCCGAAUAGACAAAAAUUGUAUUCGGACCUGUAAUGUUUGUGUCUGAUGUGUGUAAAAAUGGGAAUGAGCUAGCUAUGUUGUGAAUGUUGAAAGAAUGAUUCUUUAAUAUCACAAUUAUUUCCCUUUCUUGAUACGUCAAACAUUGUCUCGUUUUGAAUACACACGAGAUUUCAGUGUAAACUAAAUAAAAUCAGUUCACCGGCAGAGAUAUUUAUUUAUAGUAUUCAAAUGGAAAAGAGCAUCCUUCCCAAAAUGGCCUUUGAACUUCCAGUGCCAUCAUCACCUAUUUCAAAGCCUGCUGAUGUGAGGAUGUCCCAGAUAAAUGUGCUCACACAAAAUCUGCAGUCAUAUCCUCUACAAGUGAGAAGGCUUGUAUUGAUGCAGCCAUCUAUGCGACAACUCACUCCUUUAUUAGGAUCCGACGUGUUACCACAAUGUAGAACUUAUUUGCCAAAGUCAGCGUGGAAAAGAAAUCCUUUCCAUCAGCUAUUUCCUGUGGCCCAAUGCUCGUCAGAUUCAAGAAAUUCAAAGUCUAGUUCUGAACUCACUGUGUCUAGUGGUGAUGACGAUCAGUUGCCUGGGGUCUCAGCAAGGCGGAGUGUCACAUCCACAAGUUCAUCGACCAGACAAGAUGACAUCUCUGGUGUUCAAAUUAAUAUGUGGUUAGACCAAGAGACCGGAUUAGAUAGGCUGCGACAGGCCUAUACCAUAGGGAGCAGUGGAAUAUUUGUGCAGGAAGAUACCCGGAACCUCAAUACCAUGCUGUAUCGCACAGCAUUGCUGGGCUUUUUCAUCAGCGUUGUCAUUUCCAGUCAGAAUGAAACCAGGAAGAAACAAAAACAUCUGUCACAGACUGAGGCCCUUUUGAAAGGUGUUCAAUCAGAGCGGCAGUUGCCAAGACAGAUCUUGAAAGAUGCAGCGAAGACAACAUUGAAGUUGACAGCCUGGGCUGCUGUUCUUUUCCAUUUACCACAUGCUAUUGCAGUUUACAGGAAUAAAACAAGCAUCUGGGAAUAUGCAGCGACAUCAGUGCUAGCAUUUGGCGUUCUAGGUGUGAGUAAGAGCCCAAGAGUGUUUCUGUCCUUUGUUGCUGCUGGAGCCGUCACUGGUACGGUUGGUGGCUACUUGAUCUGUCAGGUUCUGACGUCUGCGGGUCUGACCCAAGAACAACGGCAUGUGGAGAGGGUCAAACAGUACAUUCUGGAUCAGAGGUCCAUGAAGGCAGGGAUAGAUGAUGUACCCAUGUGAAGAUUUGCACACCUAGUUAGAUACUGAAAUAGAUCUUUUGUAUUUUUGUUGUUGUUGUGUACAACAGAGCAGAAUGCUGAGGAUUUGAAGUGUCCCCUGUGAUUAAAGUGCUGCAUCUAUCUGUCUUUUUUCUGACUCCAGUUUGAGACUUCAUUAUUUAAAGAUGAUUGCAAUGUGUUUAUAAGGAAUUUUAUUAACAAUAAAACUAGAUUAUGUUACUUGAA